AUGACUACGCUUUUCUCUGUCCCAAUCACCUCGACCGGUGGCACCAUCGUGUGCACCAAUCCCACCGCCAAACAGGGCAAGGAGCAGGAGAACAUCUACGUUCUGACUUUCACUUCUCCGAAAGAUAACCGACUGACUCCGACAUUUAUCGAUGCCUUCAUCCUGGCACUGGACAUUAUUGAACACCGCUAUCCCAAGGGUGUCGUGGUGACGACCAGCGGUAUUCCCAAGUUCUAUAGCAAUGGUCUCGAUCUGGAUCUGGCAACCAGCACGGAGGGAUUCCUGGAUAAAUGGCUGUGGCGUUUGUUCCGGCGACUCCUGACAUACCCCAUGCCCACGGUGUGCCUCCUGAAUGGCCACGCCUUUGCUGGUGGCUUCAUGCUCGCCAUGUAUCACGACUAUCGCAUCCAGAACCCAGACAAGGGCUUCUUGUGUGUCAACGAGCUUGAAUUCGGAGUACCCCUCCAAACGCCCAUGAUGUCAAUCUUCCGCGAGAAGUUGUCCCCGACCACGUUCCGCAAUGUGGUUCUCGAGGCACGCCGAUUCGGCGGGCAUGACUCGCUGAAGGCGGGCAUUGUCGAUGCGGUGGGUGGUUUGGAUGAAGUGGUUGGUUUGAUUCGGGAUCGCAAGCUGCUUAACAAGGCAGGGACCGGAAUUUACGGCACUAUGAAGGAGGAAAUGUACUCUCGUGUUCUGAACGGGCUUGACGACCAUGCAGGCAAUUUGGCGUGGCGGGAGAAGGUGGAAGAGAGGAAUGACCAGUUGCGAGGAGAGGGUCUCAAGGAGGUUGAAAAGUGGGAAAAAUCAUGCAAGUCAAAACUGUGA